AUGCAAAUUGCCAUGAUUAGGGCUGAAGUAGAGGAGGAUGAAGAGGCCACCAUGGUUCGGUUCUUGAAUGGGUUGAAUCCCGACAUUGCUUACAUGGUUGACUUGCAAAAUUGUAGAACGGUAGAGCAAAUGAUGCAAGUAGCCAUCAAAACAGAAAAAGAGAUAAAGAGGAAGCGGGCUGCCAAAAAAAAAGAUGUGCUGAAAGUGAAGAAGGAGGAGUGGAAAGGAAAAAGGAAGAUGGAAGGAAAGGUAGAAGAGAAAAAUAAGAAGGUGGAAAAUAGUGCAAGGGAUGUGAAAUGCUUCAAGUGUUUGGGAAGGGGGCAUUAUUCCAAUGAGUGUCCAAACAGGAGAGUGAUGUUUAUUAGAGAAGAUGGAGAAUGGGAGAGUGGUGAAGAAAAGGCCAAAGAGAGUGCUAAUGAUGAUAGCGGUGAUGAGUAUCUUGAUGAGGGAGAGCAAGCUCCCAUGGAUGGUAAUGUCCUUGUCACUAUGCGCACCUUGAGUGCACAAGUCAGUUUGGGUGAUGGAGAUGAGGUGCAAAGGGACAAGAUUUUCCAUACUAGAUGUUUAGUAAAUGAGAAACUAUGUAGUAUGAUUGUGGAUAGUGGUAGUUACUGCAAUGUUGUUAGUAGCUUAUUAGUUGAGAAAUUGAGAUUGCCUACCACUUUGCAUCCAAAGCCAUAUGGUCUCCAAUGGCUUAAUGAUUGUGGGAAAUUGAGAGUUAUCAAACAGGUUUUAGUGCCUUUUAGCAUUGGAAAGUACCAUAAUGAGGUAGUUUGUGAUGUGGUGCCUAUGGUAGCUACCCAUUUGUUGUUGGGUCGUCCAUGGCAAUUUGAUAGAAGUGUGGUUCAUGAUGGGAAAAAGAACAAACCAGCAUAUAGGAGUAAUCCUAAGGAGACAAAAGAACUACAAAGGCAAGUGGAGAAACUUUUGGCAAAGGGCUAUAUGCGUGAAAGUAUGAGUCCAUGUGCGGUUCUAGUGCUCCUUGUACCAAAGAAGGAUGGGACAUUCAGAAUGUGUGUAGAUUGCCGUGCUAUCAACAAAAUCAUGGUAAAGUAUCGACAUCCCACUCCUCGAUUAGAUGAUAUGCUUGAUGAGUUGUUUGGUGCAUAUAGAGUUGUCUUUCUUGAUUAUGUUGUGAGUAUCAAAGGUGUGGAAGGAGAUGAGCAAAAGGUCAUAGUUAUUAGGGAUUGGCCAACUCCUAAAAAUGCAUUUGAGGUUAGGAGUUUUCAUGGAUUGGCUAGUUUCUAUAGGAGAUUUGUGCCUACUGCUCCUUUGAAUGAACUUAUGAAAAAGGAUGUUGUGUUUGAAUGGAAAAAGAAGCAUGAAAAUGCAUUUACUGAAUUGAAAGAAAAAUUAUGUACUGCACCAUUGUUGAGCUUACCUGAUUUUGAUAAAAUGUUUGAGAUUGAAUGUGAUGCUAGUGGUGUAGAAUUGUAUGCACUUGUUAGGGCCUUGGAAACUUGGCAAUAUUAUUUGUGGCCUAAAGAGUUUGUCAUACAUUCUGAUCAUGAAUCAUUGAAACAUCUUAAGAGUCAAAAUAAGUUGAGUAAAAGGCAUGCUAAAUGGAUUGCUUUUGUUGAUUCAUUUCUAUAUGUGAUUAAAUAUAAGCAAGGAAAGGAAAAUGUUAAUGCUGAUGCACUUUCUAGGAGGUACUCACUUUUGUUUACACUUGAUGUAAAGUUGCUUGGGUUUGAAUUCAUGAAAGAUUUGUAUGCUAAUGAUAAUGACUUUGCUGGAUUUUCACCUUUUCAGCUUAUAUAUGGAUAUAAUCCACUCACACCACUAGACUUGCUACCAUUGCCUAUGGAUCAUAUUGAUAGUCUAGAUGGUAAGAAAAAGACUGAAUUGCCAGGUGACUUGGUGUGGGUACAUUUCAGGAAGGAACGGUUUCCAAACCAACAGAAAUCGAAAUUGCAUCCAAGAUAUGAUGGUCCAUUCAAGGUGUUAGAACAGAUCAACAAUAACGCCUACAAAAUUGAAUUGCCAGGUCCGAAUUCGAGGACGAAUUCUUUUCAAGAAGGAGGGAAUGAUGAGGAGAUGCCACCACUAAAGCCAAUUCCAUUAUUCAAGGGUCCAAUUACGAGAGGAAGGGCAAGGGAGUUGCAAAGCUUGAUUAGUAAACUUUAG